AUGAGAUAUUCUUAUUUUUUGCUUGUACUUAUACUAUAUCUUGCAAUCAUUAUCUCAAACUCUCUCCUCAUUGGUGCCAUCUACCUGGACAGGCAAUUUCACAAACCCAUGUAUUUCUUUGUGUGCAACUUGUGUGUCAAUGGCCUCUAUGGAAGCAUGGGUUUGUUCCCUUGUCUUUUAGUUAAUAUUCUGUCAGAUACCCAUGAGAUAAGCCUGUCCGUUUGUAUGUUACAGACCUAUUGUUUGCACACAUAUGGCAUUUGUGAAUUUGCAACUUUAGCUGUGAUGGCAUACGACAGGUAUGUGUCCAUCUGUAACCCUCUGCAGUACCACAGAAUCAUGUCUUCUUCAACAGUAAUUGCAUUGAUUUCCUUUGUCUGGUUGUUUUCUGCCUGCCAUAUUACAGUGUCAAUAUAUUUAACCUCUCAGGUUCCAUUAUGUGAAGUGCAUCUUCAAAAAUUAUAUUGUGAUAACUUCGCUCUGGUAAAGCUUGCCUGCAAUGACAUCACACUCAAUAAUGUUCUUGAGCUGAUAUCCCUGGUCUUUGCUAUAGUCCCACAAGUAUCCCUUAUUAUCUAUUCCUAUGUAAGAAUCCUUAAAAUUUCCCUGAGGCUGAGUGGGGGUUCUCAAGUAAGAGCUAUAAAUACCUGCACACCUCACAUAAUGUGUCUGGCCAACUUUUCAAUAUCUGCUACGUUUGAAGCACUCCAAAGUCGAUUUGACAUGAGUAAACUCCCUCAUACUUUUCGUAUAACAGCAUCAGUGUAUUUUCUUAUUUCAGCUCCUCUUCUGAACCCAAUUAUUUAUGGAAUGCGGUCAGAAGCAAUUAGAAAGAUUAUUCUAAAAAUCUUACACAUAGGAAAGGGAGCUAAUGUACACCCUGAAUUAAUGAAGAAACAUACACUUACAUAA